AUGUCUUUCCCUAUGCAUAAGGAAUACCCCUCUACACAGCGCCUGGAUAUCCAUUUGGAGAACGAUAGUAGGGUGUACUUUAACGAGAACGAAAGUUCUGACCAGGUCUUGAGUCGCACACUUCCAGAAACAACCCUGACAGCUUGGUUCAAGUACAAUCUCGAAAAUCCUGAAGACAACGAAGCUAAGCAAACUUUGUAUCCGGACUUCUGUGAAAAAGUUUUGGUGGAGCCAUUGGCAGAGUCUACCCUGUAUCUCCAAAAGAUAUUGAAAAGUAUCAUUUAA